GCCGCGGCCGCCGCGUGAGCCAUAGAAUUAAUCGUCGUGGCUCGCGGCGUCAGCGGCCGUGUUUCGCUACGAGCCGGAGACGGAAGCGGGACGGCGCCUGUGGCGGAAGCGAGGCGCCGGGGCGGCGUGUGCGCAGCGAUGGCAUCCCAGUAGCGGCGGCCUUCCCUCCCCCGCCCUUUUCCGUGGUCGGGACCGGGCGGCGCGGCCAUGGCCGGGGGCCAGGCGGCCACGGCCGCGAGCGGCGGGAGGCGCGCGCUGCUCCUACUGCUGCUGCGGCCGCGACCGCGCGGCCCGGACGGCGCCUCACGUGACCGCGGCGCGACCCCGUCCCCCCCGCGUCGCUGCCUCGGCGACUGUGGGCGCCCGCCCGCAGCGCCCCCGGGCCCCGGCGGCGGCGCCGUGUGGGGAAGGGGCGGCGGCGGCAGCGGCGCGGGGAGCCGGCGGCACCGCGGGGAGAGAGAUGUAAGCAUCUCUGCAUCACCAUCUUUGCAAAGCAAAGGGAAUAUAUCCUUACUGGGAAAUAGGAGGCUUUUUUUUGACACUCAUGCACUGGUACGCCUCUUGGAAGAAAAUGGGUUCACUACUCAGCAGUCAGAGGUCAUUGUGUCUGCAUUAGUGGAAAUCAUGAACACCAACCUGGAUAUGAUUUACAAGGACAUGGUCACCAAAGUACAACAGGAAAUUGCACUUCAGCAAGUAAUGUCCCAUAUUGGCGGUGUGAAAAAGGACAUGAUUAUUUUGGAAAAAAGUGAAUUUUCAGCACUUCGUUCAGAAAAUGAGAAAAUAAAACUUGAACUCCAGCAGAUAAAGAAGCAAGUCAUGGAUGAAAUUACCAAAGUUCGAGCAGAUAACAAGUUAAACCUAAACCUAGAGAAGAGCAGAGUAAAAGAACUGUACUCGCUUAAUGAAAGAAAACUACUUGAAAUGAGGACAGAAAUAGUGGAAUUGCAUGCACAGCAAGAUCGGGCUCUCACCCAAACAGACAGAAAAAUAGACACAGAAGUUGCAGAUCUGAAAACAAUGCUCGAAUCACACAAACUUGAUAAUAUUAAGUACCUAGCAGGUUCAGUAUUUACAUGCCUUACUGUAGCACUGGGAUUUUACCGCUUAUGGAUAUAACAAGACGUGAAUUUAAAGGGACUUCUACUGUCUUGGUUUCUGAAGAAAAAAAAAGAAGAUUUUAAUCUUUGCCUGGAUUUUAACCAAGUCUUGACUGUUUUAUUUAUUAUUUUAUAAAGCAGACUGUACUGAGAAUGUAACCAAAGAUGUGCCUA